UGAUUCUGUGUGGAAAAGCCUUUAACAGUGAUUCCUGCAAAUUGCCACCAAUCGAUGUGCGAAAUGAAGGUCAAAUGAUAAAGUAGAAUAUGCUGUGAAUGAAUCAGUCGCAUCGCCGCUUAUCUACAGCUGACAUCUGAAUGUAUACAGAUAGAAGCUACUGCGUAAACAGACCCGGGGGGUCGAUUCCCAGUUGGAGACCAGAGUGAGGAGGGAUUUCCCAGAAGCUUACCUGGAUGUGCAGCGGCUUUCUGAAGAGCCCCCAUGGAAACAGACCUCUUGCCAUGGCAAAUGGAGAACAUCUCACACAGGCUGUCGAGGAAGGAAAUUCGGCGCACGCUUCGCGCGGUGUCGGGCAACGCCUAUAGGACGAACCCUGGACAUUUUUCGAUGGCAUGUGAGAUCUCCUGCUGGCAUCCUACAAAGGAAGACAUACAAGACUGUUCGAGUGCUCUGAAGGAAUGCACCAGCAAACAGGCCUCGCAUGAUGUGCCCACACAACGCUGGAGCCCAAACAGCAAAGACAAGAGGGGCCAUGAUCCACAAAGGAACCUGAGAAAGACUGGAAGCAUAUGGCGCACUGGGUUGGGUCGGGAUACGACUGGACACGCCUCUCCGUCUCAACGCGGAUGUGUCUCCGGACUAUAUAGCAGACCUGAGCGCAGACACUCGGGGCAGAAAUCUGGACGUGCAGCAGCAGUGUCUCCUUCUUCUCACCCAGCAUCUGCCUUCUGUCCUCACCAGACCCAGAGCACUAUGGCGUGCCACAAGGAGUUCAUGACUGCAGGAAAGAAGCCCGGCCUGCAGGUGUGGCGGAUUGAGAAAAUGGACUUGGCACCCGUCCCUUUUCAUCUCCAUGGAGACUUCUUCACUGGAGACUCCUACAUACUGCUCAACACCACCCCUGCUCCGUCGUACAAAGUUCACUCCUGGUUUGGCAAAGAAGCUUCCCAGGAUGAGAAAGGGUGUGCUGCCAUCUUUAUGGUCCAACUGGACAACUCCCUGGGUGGAGCCCCCAUACAGUUCACUGAGUUUCAAAAUGAAGAGUCCCUCACUUUUAUGAGCUACUUCAAGUCUGGCAUCAAAUACAAGAAAGGGGGAGUGGCCUCAGGCUUCAAGCACGUGGAGACCAACGCAGCAGAUGUCCAAAGACUGAUGCACGUUAAAGGUCGUCGGACAAUCAGAGCCGCGGAGGUGGACUUAUCCUGGUCAAGCUUCAACAAAGGAGACUGCUUCAUCAUCGACCUGGGAAAGAUCAUCUACCACUGGUCUGGCAGUGAAUCCAAUGUCUAUGAGCGCCUGAAGACCACUGAGCUGGCCAUUGCGAUUCGCGACAACGAGCGAAAAGGUCGUAGUGAACUAGAAAUGAUUGACGAAGGUUCCGAGCCAGAGGAUGUCAUUCAAGUGCUUGGACCCAAGCCCGAACUCCCUCCAGGAAGCUCUGAUAGUGAUCGACACACCGAUAAGAAGAACAAGAACCUGGCAUCGCUCUAUCUGAUUUCCGAUGCUGCCGGUUCCAUGACAAGCACUAUGGUGACAGAUAAAAACCCAUUCAAACAAGACAUGCUCUCCAACAGUGAAUGCUACAUCUUGGACAAUGGAGGAAACAACAAGAUAUUUGUCUGGAAAGGCAGCGAUGCCAACAAAGAUGAGCGCAAUGCAGCACUGAGUGCUGCAAACAAGUUCAUCAAAGACAAGAAUUACUCCUCAAAUACCCAGAUCCAGAUACUGCCAGCGGGGGGCGAGACCACCCUGUUCAAGCAGUUCUUCUUCAACUGGUUGGACAAGGACGAGACCACUGGCCCGGGCAAGGCCUACACCAUCGGUAGCAUCGCCAACGUGGAGCAGAUUCCCUUCGACGCCGCCAAACUCCACAGCAACGACAGCAUGGCCGCCCAGCACGGCAUGGUGGACGAUGGCUCCGGGAAAGUCAAGAUCUGGCGCGUGGAAGGAAAUGAUAAAGAACCCGUGGACCCAUCCACCUAUGGACAGUUCUUUGGAGGCGACUGUUACCUGGUGCUGUACUCCUACAACAGGGGAGGCAGAGAGAAGCAUAUCAUCUACACCUGGCAAGGGAGAAAGUGCACCAGGGAUGAACUGGCUGCUUCAGCCUUUCUCACAGUCCAAUUGGAUGACUCCAUGGGUGGAGCAGCUACCCAGAUUCGUGUCACUCAGGGCCAAGAACCCCCCCAUCUUGUGAGCGUGUUUAAAGCCAACCCUUUGGUGGUCCACCUGGGCGGGACGUCCCGCCAGUCUGGCGAGAGCAAGGCCGGCAGCACGCGACUCUUCCAUAUCCGCCGGAGCUCCACCAAAGCCACGCGGGCUGUUGAGGUGGCGCCCACUGCCUCCUCUCUCAACACCAAUGACGUGUUUGUGCUGAAGACACCCAAUUCCCUGUUCGUGUGGAUGGGAAAGGGAGCGACGCCGGAGGAGAAGGCUGCUGCCGAGUAUGUCGCCGACCUGCUUGGAGGAACUGUCUCUGAGGUGGAGGAGACCAAUGAGCCAGCUGAUUUCUGGAAAGCACUCGGUGGGAAGAAGGACUACCAGACCUCCUUGGCCCUGCAGAAGUCAGUUAAGCCUCCAAGGCUGUUUGGCUGUUCAAACAAGACUGGCAGGCUGGUCGCAGAGGAGGUGCCCGGCGAGUUCACACAAAUGGAUCUGGCAUCCGACGAUGUCAUGAUUUUGGACACCUGGAAUCAGAUCUUCAUUUGGCUUGGAAACGAUGCCAAUGAGACGGAGAAAGCUGGAUCUCUCAAGAUUGCCGAACAAUAUCUGAAUUCGGACCCGUCUGGGCGUGAAGGGGUCUCCAUCGGCACCAUUAAACAGGGGAACGAGCCACACUCCUUCAGUGGCUGGUUCCACGCCUGGGACCCCGAGAUGUGGAACAAAGAUCUUUUGCAGUGCCUGAAAGAACGGAUCACAAAGCUUUAGUGGAAAACCACAAAGCUGCAAGAAAACCUGCGAAGAUUCAUUACUUAUCGUAUGUCGUUGGACUUCAAACAAUAGUCAAGCUUGGUAUGUUCUGUCUGGGUGAAGAUGUAUUAAAUAUGUCACAUUAGAAUCUGCAUUCCACACACACAGUAUCUACAAUAUAUUUGCAGGGAACGGGUCUGGAAUUUCUUUGUAAGCUUUGUUUUCAUUCUGUCUUAUGCAUUAAAUUGUAGUUUACGAUCCGGUGGAACGUGAUGGACUAUUUCCCCCCAAGUUCAAAUCGUCAUGUAUGGGAUUCAUUUUAAAACGUCACAAAUGUGUUUCUGUGUGCGAGAAAACAAAUGUAUAUUUUUACAAAACAUUUCCCCUUUUACAGCCUAGUUUGCUGAGACAAAUAUAGAUUGAGGAAUUCUGAAUUUGAAUAAAAAGCUAUAACCCUUU